UUCUGAACCAUUUUUUACUGUACGAUCAAACUGAAUCCAAAUAAAAAAUGAUAAUUAAAAAGCCUCUCAAAAUGGAAAAUUGGAAGCCAAAAUAGAAGAAUUGGAAAUCAAAUAUUAAGGAAACAAGGGCUCAAUUUCAAGCUGAUUCACCCGAAAACAAUCUUCUUAUUUUCACCUUUAAUGCCAGACACUGUUGUCAUUGAUAUUAGAAUGAGAGGGGCAAAGAGCUCCAAUGGAGUAGAUGAUGAUUCUGUAUCUUCUUCCAAGAAGAAUUCCCACAAACCCAAAUAUUCAAGGUUCACACAACAAGAUCUUCCUGCCUGCAAGCCAAUUCUAACUCCAGGAUUGGUGAUUGCAUCGUUCACAACUGUUGCUGUUGUCUUCCUCCCUCUUGGCCUAGCAUCCUUAUUUGCAUCGGAAAGUGUGGUGGAAAUUGUAGAUCGCUAUGAUAAAGAUUGCAUUCCUAGUACUCAUCGCAAUCUCCCUCUCGAGUAUAUCCAGAACAGCAAAUCAAACAAGAUCUGUACCAGAAAUUUGAUUGUUCCAAAGCUAAUGAAAAGUCCUGUCUACGUGUAUUAUCAACUUGACAAUUUUUAUCAGAAUCAUCGCCGAUAUGUAAGAAGUCGAAGUGAUAAACAGUUGCAAAGCAAAGCAAGUGAGAAUGAUGUAAGCAACUGUAAGCCUGAAGAUUUAGUAGAUGGAAAACCAAUUGUUCCAUGUGGGCUUGUUGCUUGGAGUUUGUUUAAUGACACUUAUAAUUUCAAAGUGGAAAACAAAGCUUUAGAGGUCAACAAAAAGGACAUUGCUUGGAGAAGUGAUAAAGAACGUAAAUUUGGUUCUGAUGUUUAUCCUAUAAACUUUCAAGCUGGUAGUUUAAUUGGAGGCGGAUCACUAAAUUCCAGCAUUCCUUUAAGUGAACAAGAAGAUCUUAUGGUUUGGAUGCGUACAGCAGCACUGUCAACUUUUCGAAAACUUUAUGGAAGGAUAGAGACGGACCUUCAAGCCAAUGAUGCAAUUGAAGUUCAAAUACAAAACAAUUAUAAUUCUUACGGUUAUGGAGGCAAAAAGAGGCUAGUCCUCUCCACAACUACAUGGAUAGGUGGCAAAAAUAAUUCUCUAGGCAUUGCAUAUAUAUUCAUUGGUGGAUUGAACUUGCUCUUAGCAAUAAGCUUCAUCCUUAUUUUUGUUUUUAAGCCAAGGCCUUUGGGAGAUCCAAGCUACUUGUCUUGGAACAAGCAAGCAACAAUAAGUUCAAAUUAGGUUUGCUUCAAUCAUUUCUUGUUCACCAACUUUUCAAGUUGACGCUUGUAUACAUUUUUCUUAAGAAGAUCCAAUGUGGUAUAUAUGAAAGAAAGAGAGAGAUGGAUAUGCAAUAAUCAUUGUUUUGACAACUUUUUAACUUAUAUAUAUAGAUGGUUGUAUUUUACAUUAU